AUGUGGAUCGCGGUGAGUUUGCUCUGCUGCUUAAUGCUCGGAGGGCUGCUGCGGGCGGGCGGCUCGUGCCCAUCGCAGUGCAGCUGCACCUUUCACAGCCUCAGCGAGGGGACGAAAGCCAGGACAGUGCUGUGUAAUGACCCAGAGAUGACCCUCACCCCCGUGAACAUCCCUGUAGAUACGUCCAAGCUUCGAAUAGAAAAGACAGCCAUCCGCAGGGUGCCGGGGGAGGCUUUCCAUGGGCUUCACAACCUAGAGUACCUCUGGAUGCCCUAUAACUCCCUGGCCAGUCUCAGCAGGAUCACCUUCAAGGGUCUCCGUCGCUUGCAGGAGCUGAGGCUAGAUGGGAAUGACUUAAUAUCAUUCCCCUGGGAAACCCUGGCUGACAUGCCACAGCUAAGGCUUCUGGAUUUACACAACAAUGAACUUACCUCAAUACCCCCGGACGCUGCUCGUUAUGUGAAGAAUAUUACAUACCUGGACCUGUCUAGCAAUAAACUGAUGACUCUUCCUCAGGCUCUCAUUUCUACCUGGGCCAACCUGCAGGCUGUUCCUUACUUCCCCAACGAUAACUCCAAGAUCAUCUUAGGUUUGCAAGACAAUCCUUGGGUGUGUGACUGCAGUCUGUAUGAAACGGUCCAUUUCCUAAAUUUCCAGUCUCCUAACAUAGCAUUCAUUGAGCCCAGGCUGAAAUGCUUCACCCCCCGCAGCCUUGCAGGAGUCUUCUUCAGCCAAGUCGAGCUAAGGAAGUGUCAAAGCCCUGUUGUACAUACAUCUGUAGCCAAAGUGAAGACCAUCCUGGGCAGCACCGUGCUGCUGCGAUGUGGGACAACAGGAGUGCCCAUUCCUGAACUCAGCUGGAGACGGGCUGAUGGGGCACAACUAAAUGGCACAGUGCACCAAGAGAUCUCUAGCGAUGGGAUGAGCUGGUCUAUCCUGGGCCUACCUGUAGUCUCUUACCUUGACUCUGGAGAGUACAUCUGUAAAGCAAAGAACUUCCUGGGGGCAACAGAGGCGUUCAUAUCCCUCAUCAUCACAGACUCAGAAAGCACGGAUGACCCCAACUCUGGUGCCAAAGGCUCAUGGAGCGGGAAGGUGAGUGGGAUGGAGGCAGCUGCCUACAACGACAAGCUCGUAGCAAGGUACGUUAUCACCACCUCCACCAUGCCUACUCUGGGAGAUGGAGCAGGCACUGGAGAGGGCCUCCUCAUUCCAGAUGGGGCACAAGAUAGCAACCCCGAAAACCUGCUGGUGAGCCCACCUACUGGUCAGCAGGAGCUGGAGCGAAUUGUGAGGUCCGUCAGAGUGAUAGGAGACACUGACCAGAGUGUCACCCUGGCCUGGAAGGCACCUCUGGCAAGGAACACGACAGUGUUCAGUGUCCUCUAUGCAGUCUUUGGAGAGAGAGACAUGCGGCGGAUCAAUGUGGAACCAGGGAAGACCAAGGUCACCAUUUAUGGGCUGCUGCCAAAGACCAAAUACAUUGUGUGUGUCUGCGUGAAAGGGCUGAUCCCCAGGAAGGAGCAAUGCAUCAUAUUUUCCACAGAUGAAGUUGCUAGUGCAGGAGGGACCCAGAAGCUCAUCAAUGUGGUCGUCAUCAGUGUGGCCUGUGUCAUUGCUGUUCCCCUGACGCUAGUGGUCUGCUGUGGAGCACUGAAAAGACGCUGCAAAAAAUGCCUUGUGAGGAAACCCAAGGAAAUUCAAGAGUCCUACGUCACCUUUGAAAGUCUUUCUCCUGGGGCCAAGGCAAAAGGAGUGGAAGGAGAAUACUUGACUAGACAUACUCCUGAUGAAUCUAACAGGCUGCUGUCUGCCCGAUCCAGUGUGGACUCUGAAGCAAUACCAAAGAUAGAGGGGCAACCUAACGAAUACUUUUGUUGA